CUCCAUUUAAUCACAGAGAAGGAGGGCAGCAGAUAAACAUUAUCCUCACUUCUCUGAAGAGAGUUGAGGUGUGCAGGAAUUGGGGGCACAAGACACACACACUUCCAUACCAAUGAAGGGUCCCUGCCUCCUCCUCCUCCUCCUUCUUGGAGUCCUGCUGCUGGCUGAAGGGGUUCUGCAUGCUGCUGCCAAACAGUUUCACGAUGUGAUGAGCCAUGGGAGAUCUUCUUCUCAUGUUAGGUCUCAUAAGAAAUUACAUGGCUGGUUUCCUGAUCAAAAUCAGUGGAAUGAAAAGCUUUAUCCUUUUUGGGAAAAGGGAGAUCCUAGAUGGAACAACUGCUGGAGAGGAGGAAAGGUGGAAGCCAGACUGACCUCUGACAGCCCAGCUCUUGUAGGAUCAAAUGUGACCUUUGCUGUGAUCCUACAGUUUCCCAGGUGCCAGAAAGAAGACAAUGACAGCAACAUAAUAUAUGACAGGAACUGCAGGAAUGAUUCUUCAGACUUUCCUGAUCAGUAUGUCUACAACUGGACUAAGUGGAUUGAUGACUGUGGCUGGGCAAACUGCACAAGCAACAAUAACCAUAAUGUGUUCCCAGAUGGGAGACCUUUCCCUCAUCAUCCUGGCUGGAGAAGGAAGAACUUUGUCUAUUUGUUUCAUACACUUGGCCAGUACUACCAAAAAACUGGAGGCUCUUCAGCACUUGUUUCCAUCAACACAACAAAUAUCACCCUUGGCAAGCAGAUGAUGAUGGUCUCCGUUUACAGAAGAGGUCAUCGAACAUAUGUUCCAGUUGCAACAGCAAGUGUCAUCUAUGUUGUGACAGACAAGAUUCCUUUAUAUGUAAACCUGUCCCAGAAGAAUGACCGCAAUGCCUCAGAUUCUGUCUUCAUCAAGGACUCACCUAUUACAUUUGAUGUCAAGAUCCAUGAUCCCAGCCACUAUCUUAACAAUUCUGCUAUCUCCUACACAUGGGGUUAUGGAGAUGGCAGUGGCAUAUUUAUAUCUAACAGCCCUAUUUCAACUCACACUUACACUCUGCAGGGAAACUUCAGCCUGAAUUUGACUGUCCAGGCUAUUAUACCUGUACCUUGUGGGCCAGCAACACCUACCCCACCGCUUCCUACCUCCCCAGGGGCAACAACUCAAAACUCAACCAGUAGUGAAAACAAAACUGAGUGGACCACUCCUGCCUUAACUACUAAACCACCCUCUAAUCUGGACUCUCCCACCAGUGCUGGAGUAAUGGAAUACAUUCCCAAUGCAGGCUGCAAUAUUUACAGAUAUGGACAUUAUAAAACUACUAUAUCCAUUGUAGAGGGAAUCCUUCAGGUGAACAUUAUUCAGAUGACAAAUGUCCAGGUGACAGUGGCUCAAGGUGAAAACUCCCUGAUUGAUUUUGUUGUUACGUGCCAAGGGAGUCUUCCUACAGAUGCUUGUACAAUAGUCUCUGACCCCACAUGCCAGGAGUCCCUCGGUGUGGUAUGUAACCCUGUUGAAGUAACAGAUCAGUGCUUACUGACCAUAAGAAGAGCCUUCAAUGAGCCUGGAACCUACUGUGUAAACAUUACCCUGGGUGAUGACACCAGCCAAGCCCUCACAAGUGCCCUUAUAUCUGUAAAUGGAGCUCCAGGGUCAUCUUCAAGGACAGUGGAAGGUUUCUUGAUUGCCUCAGGUUUCUUGGUGAUGUUUGUCGUCGUUGUGACUCUCCUUUUUUACAGGAGAUACAAAGAGUACAAACCUAUUGAAAGAAGCGCAGAACAAGUGGUGAACAGGGAGGGGCUGAGUGUGUACUUCAACAAUGUCAAGGCUGUUCUCUUCCCUGGGAACAAUGAGAGAGAUCCUCUGCUGAAAAGCAAACCAGGAAUUGUUUAAAUCUCUAGUGUAAUCUCUGAUAUUAGAGUGUAUAUUACGGGGCUUAUGUCUGAACUGUUCUUCAAUGGAUGACUGUUUAGUAUGAAAACAAGGGUUGGAAUAACCUCCAUGUAUACACAGAUGGGUCCAUACCUUUUGUAGCUCAAUUUAUUUAGAAAUGCAAAAUGGCCUCUUUUCAAAAAUGGAGUUGUGAUUAUUUUCUGUUCUUGCUUAUGAUCUGGGUCACACAAUACUGAAUAAUAAAUCACUCUAGACUGGACAUUUUUAUGCAAUUCAACUAGGUUAAUUUGAAGUCUGGGAGAAGGAUACUUUUUAUCUUCUCAGUAUUUAGAUCUUAAAUAAGAAUUGCACUGAUCCAGUGUCCUAGCUAUUUUACUCCCCUUCCUCAGUCUGGGCUUUCUGAAGUGGCAAGUGAUGAAUAGUCAUAAUCACCAACCCUGAGUCAUUUUAUAAAACUAAAUCAUUUGACACCAGCACAACCGGUGAACAAAGGAACCUAAUCUGCUUGGUUCCUCUUAAACCAACUACUAAAAGUUCAAUUUAAAAUUCUUACUGUGUUAUUGCUGCCACUCUGGUAGCUGAUGUUUCUACUGAUUUUGUGCCAUCUGAACUUGCAUUGCCCUCUACAGUAGUGUGUCCUACCUCUGUGGGGAGGAGCUGCUUUAUUCCAGAGAGCAGGCAAAGAUGAGGCCCAACAGAGUGAUGGUAACAAGAGAAAAAUUGUAUCAGUCAACUAUUAGUAAAAGAGAUCUGAGAAGGCCUUUUCCUUUCUCUUUCUCUUCAAUUUCAUCUUACCCUUUGUAAACAGCCUUCCAAGUUCUGCUUGAUCCUCCUGAUCUUCUUUCUUUUACUAUUUAAAUAAAUGAAAAUCCCACACCAGAAUAAUAUUCUCCAGUUUCUGUUUGUCCAUGAGGCAGUUUAGAAACUGUCAACAUCUAGAAAAGUGAUGUUCUUUUGCUUGCUCAAUGCAGCUGCGGUCUGUUAACUUUCAAUGACAAAUCUCACUUGGAUACCUUUCUCAAGUAGUGGAGUAAAACCCUGCCUUUUAGCCACUCUCUCUUGUAUUUUCAUAGUGUGGAGUUUAGCCCUGGAUGCAAUUUUCUGCUUAUCUCUUAAAAAUAAAAACACACUGAAUAAAUGGAUCAUAGAGGGGUAUCAAAAGAAGUAAGUGUCAUGUCUGUGGAGAGGAGGGGUUAUGGAAAAGGUUCUGUCCUUGUGGGGUGAGAAGACAGCCAGAAAUGUUCUAAAUACAAAACUCUGUAUAAUAACUUUAUGUUUAAUAUAAGGCUGUGUCUACACUGGGCCACUUAUUCCGGAAAAUCAGCCACUUUUCCGGAAUAAGCUGCGAGCUGUCUACACUGGCCCUUGAAUGUC